AGCCAGCAUAGCCAGGCUUUGACCUGAGGUGAUGUCUGACCAUCCCAUGAGAUUCAUCGGGUCUACCCUCUCAUCGCAGCCUACUCGCUAUCACCUACAUCGUCUUGGCGCACAUCACUGAGCUCGCUCACCUUGCGAUGUCGGCUACCGGUACAUUCGAUGCUGAGGUCUUGAUAGCAGAGAAGGAUCUUCAUGCUGAGCGCGAAUUGCAGGAGCGACUCCUGGCAUGUAUCUCGGCGAGUGAGGAACGUUGCCGCUGGCAUCGCUUGGUUCUGGGAGAUAUCGACUUUUUUGCUCGUACCGCCAAUGAGCUCCGGAAUGAAAUCCAUGCAAUCGAGUUGCAGAUUCUUGAGGCACGGGCGUCUUACGGAGACUUGUCAAGUGUCGCGCAAAUUCGCCAAUUCUUUCAGCACGCCAAACCCGGCGUUGAACGCCUGUUGAGAGAGCAGGAGGACAGGAUGAAGAGCUUGCACGCGCUGGAGAACGAAGAGCCUGCAUUCCUAAAGGACAUACAGGAGGAGCGGCGACUUUUGGAGGGCACCAUGAUGAAAGAAACCAAUGCGUUUGCAAAGAACGAAUAUGAACCUUCGACUGCCCCACGAAACGUGAUGGGAGGGUGUGGGAGCCACGUCGCCAAGAUGGUCAACAGACACUGCCGUGGCCACGAGAGCCCAACAAGAACAGCCGCCAACGAGGCUGCCUCACAAGUAGAGAGCGGAGAACCUUUGAAACGCCAAAUAUUUCCCAGAUUGUCCGCGACUCAGAAACGCCGGAGACCCAGCUAUCGCAGCCCGGCUGCCGAAGUCGAGCGCACUAUUGAUAUACAUGAUAUCUUCAAGAACGGGCAGUCAAAGCAUAAGAUCACCAGAUAUCCUGGGGACAGCGAGAAUUGGUGGAUACUAUGGUGCGAGGAGCA